AUGUUGGAUCCACUGAUAAGGCUCCGAAAUGCCAUAAUAGAGGGUAACCUCCCCAUAACCAAGAGGUUGUUGCACAGAUACCCCGACUUGUGGCUAAAUAUAGACCCAUUCCACAACGGAUGGAGCAAUCUACACUAUGCCUCAUACCAUGGAAAUUACCUCAUAUGUUUCCAUCUAGUUACUCUCCGCAGGAACAGCGACAACUUCACGUCAAAGGAUGAAAGCACGGCGUUUAGAGCUGGCGACGAUGACGAAUACGCUACAGACCAAGGCAGCCGACAGGAAGAUGGCAUUGAUAUGCUUACCUUUGAUGGCCUUAGUGUCUUGCACUUGCCCUCCAUUAACCACAAAUCGCAGACCCUUCAUUAUCUCCUAAAAGAGUACCCUGGAAAGCUCUGGCUCAAUCAAAAGGGUGGCCCAGAGCUACAGACCCCCUUACACUAUACUUGCAAGUACGGCUUCAAAGAAGGGUUGACAUUGCUUUUAGAAUUUGAAGCUGACUACUUGAUGGCAGAUGGCGAGGGCAACAAUUGCCUACAUCUUUGUUUCCAAUAUGGACACUUCAAUUGCAUUGAGUCUUUGUACAAUUUCAUUUCAUCUAAAUGUACCACCAAGGAGGAAUUGGAAGACGUGAUUGUAAAGUUCGAAGUUACUGCUAACAAUAAAAGCUGGAAAGCAUUAGAAGUGGCUUCUUCGUUUGAAAUAUCUAAACAAUAUAAGCACUUCAGGAGUACGCUUUUACUGAAUUUUGAUGAAAGGAAGAGACUAGAGAAUGAACUUGAGUUGCUCAAACUGACAGAGAAAGCUGGCCACCAUCAAGAUUUCCCCAGCCUCCCACCUUUGAAAUUAUCGCACUCACUGAGCUUCUCUCCCUUAGUGCAACCGGCGGGCAUGGGCAUUUUUGAAGGAGUGACUAGCCAGGAUUUCAGUCCUUCCAAUUCGGCAAUCUCCACAUUUUCCAUCGCCUCUGAAGCUCUGACGUCGCCACAAGAGAAUAGAAUCUUAGCAUCUCCGAUAGUACUGGUACUGGCAGUAAAGAAAGAUUCUAACGAUAUGAGGACAAGAGCAUACCUGUUGUCUUUGCCAAGCGAAACAGAUAAAGCCUUGUCACCUGUUAAGAGACCGCAUGCUGUAAGGCAGAGGUCCAAUACGGCAGCUGUUACCAGCCCAACAUCCAGUUCCUCCACAACUGCGGGGAUAAGAGGAAAUAGCAUUAGGGCACCUCAUACGCCUAUUGUUCAGACCAAUUUGGCCAAGACUCCUUCAUUAAAAUCUAUUGCCAUCUCUCCUCUGGUUAGGAAUUGGGAUGCAAACAUCAUAAGUAGUGAAAACAAGAGCUCACCAACAUCGAAGUAUGGCUCUUUAACAAAGACUCCUUCUUCCACCCAGCAAUGGAUCCCUGGUAACGGCUCAAAUUAUAAUGCAAGUGGGAAUAGUCCUACAAGUAGCUUAUCAACAUCAAGUGGUAGAUCAACUCACAGAGGCAGUAUAAGCUAUAACUCGCCAAACUCUGUGGCAUAUACAUCAAGUCCCGUAGCUGGAGGUAUAGCCUCUACGCAACCACAAGUUCUUGAUUUUUUGAAAUCUUCAAAUUCAUCUUCGCAGAAGCCCAAUAUGUCAAGGAAAUCUUCUUCUUCCUCAUCAACGACAUCAUCUAUAGCGGCAAAAUUAGCAUUCAAUGGAACUAGCAGCAGCCGGUCCUCAAUUAUCACCUUCAAUGAUUCGGAUGGAUCCAAGAAAACAAGUACUCGUAGCUCUCCUACGAAAGAGACGCCUCCCAAGAUAAGAAGGGCCCGAUCUAGUGCUACUAUUGAACCAGUGUCCAGUACAGUGAGCACCGAUUAUCCAUCCAAAAGCAAAUGGGCAUCUACCUCUUCGUUUUCCAAUCUUUCGGGUUCAUCUAGUGAGGAUCUUAAGCUGCCCAAGCCUCAUAUUCAUAGCAUUACAUUUAGUAGACUCGGGAGACAGUAA